AUGCUGACGCAAUGGGGUCGAUUUCUUGAUCAUGACUUUACUUUGGCUAUGGAAAGCAGGGACGACAUGGAAUGCAAGAAUAACUGCAAGACGACUAACAGAACAUGCUUCAACAUUCCAAUCAAAAGUAAUGAUCCACAAUUUGGUACGCAGGCUGAAUUUCCAAGAAAAUGUAUUCCAUUAAUUCGAUCGGCACCGUCGCCAGACAGCUGCCACAAUGUUAUCUUCCCUCGUGAGCAAAUCAAAGAGAUCACUUCUUACAUUGAUGCCACUAACGUUUACGGAUCUAACGAAGCACUUGCCGAACGCCUGAGAACAAAAUGAGGCGAAUUUCUGAAAACCAACUUUGAAGGACAAAGUGUACCAUUUGACUUCUGCUGCAAUCCUAAAUCUAAUGAUUCAAAGAAGGAAUGCGUACCCAAUCCUCCAUGCACGGGACCGAUCUGUUUCUGCUUUCUAGCUGGCGAUCGACGAUCUACAGAGCAAACGUUUCCGACGACGAUGCACACUUUGUGGUUGCGCGAGCACAAUCGUAUCGUGUGCGAACUAAAGAAGAUCAACUCAAACUGGGAUCACGAGAGACUCUGUCAGGAAACACGAAAAAUUGUCGGAGCUCUUCAUCAAAGGGUCGUCUACAACUUGGACGGUCCCGAACUACUCGGCCGUGAAGUUUUCAAACGAAUCGUUCCGCGGUAUGUCGCAUAUGACGAGACCGUCAACGCGGGCAUUCUUAACGAAUUUGCGACGGCAGCCUAUCGCAUGGGUCACAGUCAACUGCGUAACACUCUAACUCUCUUCAACAACAACUACGGCCAGAUCGACUCAUUCAGAUUUCGCGACUCAUUUUUCCAAUCUCAUCGUUACCUCCUAAAUCCUGAUGGCACGGUUAGCAACGACAACUUUGAGAAUUUUUUUUGUAGACUUCUCGAGCAAAAGUCUCAAUUCAUCGAUCGCUUCAUGCCGGGAUUAGAUUUGGCGUCACUAAACAUUCAACGUGGACGUGACCACGGAUUGCGCCCAUACAUCGAUUAUCGUACCUAUGCUCUUACUAUCUACAGAAAGCAACUGCCCUUAGUGGGUGUAUUAGAGAGGAGAUACAGCACACUUUGGAAAUAUAAUGAGAUAGAGGGUGGAGUUAUGUCAAUCAACGUUCUCUAA